AUGAAGGCGUCUGCUGCGACAAGUAUUCCCACCUAUCUUAAAAAAAAGCUUGUUGUUCCCACGCCCCUUGCAUACCGUAACCUACCGUUGAAGGCGUUCGAAUGGCUGGGGUACUGGUAUCAAGGCGUCGGUGGGGAUCGAGAGCGUGCACGCGGCUGCUUCCUGCGUUCGGUGAAGCUCGACCCUGCCUUGCCGGGGGCGGGGGAAGCUUUAGCUUCGCUGUACCUCCACACUGGACAGGAGACGUUAGCUGUGGCUCUGUUCCGGCAGUGCGCGGCUGUGUCCGUGGCGUGCCACUGGGCAUGGGCGGGGCUGGGUCGUACGAAGAUCCUCGAGGGGAAGCUAGCCGAGGCUGCUUCGCACAUACAACAGGCCAUUCGAGGCUGUCCAACUUCCUGGUCGUAUUGGUCAGACCUGGGGUGGUGCUACCACGCGGAGGGGAAACAGGCGGCCGCUCUCAAGGCCUACACCAGAGCAGAAGACCUCCUUGCCGACCAACAAGACCCUCCGAGUUCGGUUGAGGCGGCCGCGAGGGUCAGGGUUAGAACACAGGUUGGCACGAUCCAGCGCCAAAUAGGCCAGGUAGACGAGGCCGUCUCGAGCUUCAACGACGCCCUCGCCCUCGACCCUGAGUCCAUCCUUGCCCUUGAAGGCUCCGGGGAAGCGUACCUCGCACAGGCCCACGCGCGGACAAGCGAGGGUCUCUACACCGCCGCGGCGAAGGCUCUUCGAAACGGCCGCGACGCGACAAAGAGAUUCCUGGACCUGGCCAAGGCGACGACGGGUAACGCCAGGAGCGGCGAAGGUGCCGGUGCUGCACCGAGCGGGGGAAGGAGUGCCGCCGCCGCCACCGCCUUGAGCAUGGAGUGCGCGUGGAAGCUUCUUGGGGACCUCCAAACCUAUGCGCACAAGCUUCCGCCAAUGUGCUUCGAGAACGAGGGGUCGCGAGAGCGGCGGGGAGGCUCCGCGGAAGGGGGAAGCGUUUUGGUCCUGGGGACGUCGAGGGCGGCAGUCGAGCAGGCGGCCUUGGCCAAAGAAGGCGCUCGUAACAGGCUGGACUUCGUGGCACAAGGGGCGGAUGCCUACCGAAACCUUGUGCAACUCCUAGAGGCGAGGGAGAAGGACCAGGCCGACGGCGACGUUGAUGGGCAAAGCGGUGAAACCAGUGCGACUGCAGGCCAAGGGGCGCUAGUGCCCACGAAGGCUGCCGCAUAUUACGACCUUGGGCUCAACUACCUGCUGAGGGGCAGGCUCAUCUGUUCCGAUGCUGGGGAGGGGUCGGGUCUAAUAGCACAGGAGUUAUACGAAGGUCUCCCUGAGGUGGCCGAGCUCACGAGGUCGGCAGAGGAAGCCUUCAGGAGGUCAGUGGAGGCCGAUCCCGCCUACUCCGAAGCUUGGAAUGGUCUGGGCGCCACCAUGUCCCAGAAGCCCCUUGUGCAGCAACACUGCUGGGUGCGGUCGGUGCAGCUGGAGCACAACCCCAGCGCAUGGGCUAACUUGGGCAUGCUCUACGUCCGGUGGGGCAUGGACAUCCAGGCGAUCUACACCGCGUACGAGUCGUUCGGGGGGCUGCAGGCGGUGACGGACCACCCUACCAUGUGGGUUGGCCUUGGUUUGCUCAAGGAGAAGGAGGCAUGUCAGCCUGGCGUUGCGGCCACUAAGCGGCGGAGGCUUCUUUCGCAGGCGAGCGAUGCGUACUACUCUUCCCUGGAGACAGGGCAGCACGUGGAUGGGCUACUGGGGCUGGGUACGACGGCGGGACAGACUCACAGUCAGGAUGAUGCCCUCGUCGCGCUACAGCAGCACCUCGACCUCAAUCCAACCAGUGCUCAGGCUUGGAACUACCUCGGGGCUGCCUCAGAGCUCGCAGGCAGAGGUACCCAAGCCGUCGCCGCCUACCGCCGCGCUCUGGGGUUACUCGAGGAGCAAAGGGAGAGGUUCAAAGCCACGGUCGGAGCUGAAGGAGGCGAGGUGUGGGAGGGGGCGGUGGCACUUACGAAGGGGAACGUGGGGAGAGCGCUUGUGCUGGUGGGGGCAGCGGAGGAGGCUGUGGCUUGUCUUGGGGAGGCUGAGCUUGCACAGGCGGAUAACGCGCUACAGCUUGGGCGUGCCCACGCACUGCUGGGUAACUGGGACACCGCCCUUGCUGCCCUCGAGGAGGAGGUUGCGGUUGGGGAUGCGAUGCAAGAUGAGCGUUGGAUAGCGAACAUUGCGUGGGAAGUCAUGGAGCUAGUAUUUGCGACCUCUUUCGGGAGAAAUAUCAUAUAUCAGCUCGUGGACAGAGUCGGUGCACACCAGCAUGUCCAAAUUUCACAUCCUACACCAGUGACAGCCCGUCCCUUUGCCCUCGUGGGCGCGGUGUUGACGACUCUGUCCUUCAUACUCAGGGGCAUAUUGGAGAGUCCUCUGGGAGUGGAUGGCCUAAUCUCCGGUGCGGCCGUGAGGUACCUCCGAGGAGACACUAGCGGCGCAGCGGCGGCGGCAGGCACCCUCAUGGCACAACGUCCGGGGGACCGGCGGGUGCUCCACACUGUGGUCUCUUUGGCAGCUCUCGUCGGUGAUUCGGGCCUGGUGCAACAGGCCUCUCGUGCUAUGCAGGCGAGGGAGGCAUUGGGGGUCAGGGUCAGGACUUUGCCGAAGAGGGCUACCUCCAGCGAUCACGGGGGGAGCUUUGCUCGCCAACACGCUGCGGAGGAAGACCUUUGGGCGAUCCACCUCGCUAUGAGAGCAACGGGUUUUCCGGAUUCCGAGAGCAGGCGAGCGCUGUUGAAAGCGGUUCACCUCUCUCCAUCGUCGAUCACAUCGUGGGCAAGACUCGGCGCUGCCACCGCAGACUCCGCCGCCGCCACAGACGGCCGGGGUCGGGUUUCCGCUAAGGUCGGCGAGGCGUGUCUCUCGGCGGCGGAGAAGCUGGCCAUGUUUGAGUUGCUCGGGGUGGCGAGAGAUGCCGGAAGUGGCGGUGGCGGUAACAACGGCGAGGAGCUGGCCGCGAAAGAUCUGGGUACGGCCCUGUCUGGCAUUGCCAAGACCGUCCUAUGCAGCGGUAGGUGUAGCGGGGGCGGCGGCAAGGGCAAGGCCGGAAAUCGCAGCAGGGCCGUGCGUGCAACGUCUCGCGCGGUGCACCUCUACCCUGGGGAACCGUCGUCGUGGCGGUACCUAGCUAGGGCAAUGGUGGGUGAAGCACUCUCUUGGGUCUACAAGAGCCCAGGCACGCGAGACGUGAUGCUUCGCGACGCCCACUCCCUUUUCCGGGGUAUUCCCAAGCCUAAGUCUGAUUCUGGGCCGACGCGGGGCGAUGGUAGCCAAGAUAGCCUGCUCCGUGCAGAGGCGGACUACCUUCAACUACUUCUAGGCCAGAAGAAAACUCACGACGGCAGCAGCACGGGCAAAACAAAGUCCUUCCCAGCCGCUCUCAUGGCCGCAAGGUUGGCGGCUCACGGUGGUGUUGAUGGACACGGUGGACAUGAAGACGCGAUCAAGAGGUACAAGCUCGCGCUACGUGAGGAGCCAAGGGCGUUGGUGGGCUGGCGUGAGCUCGCAGUCUGCUACCAGCUCUCGAACCAACAUAACGCCGCGACAGCCGCCUUAGAGUGCGGCGCACAGGCAGCCGGCCCGGCUGGCAGCGGUGAUUGCGCUAGCAGCGGCAAGCGGCGUAGCGUUUCGGCGACGGCCGCGCCCUUGUACCUCCAGCUGGCUGCAGGCACGCUGAUGAUGUCGCCGGGGGAAGAGGAUGCGGGUCUGGCGGCCGUCGGAGACGCCUUUCGGCUCGGAAAGGGGGGAGCGGUCGGGCAUGUGCUGCGCGGGCUGUUAUAUUCGGGGCUAGGGAAGGAUAGUCUGGCGGCUGGGUCCUUUUCUAAGGCAAGGGAGGCUGGCCUGGACCCGGCUGUAGCCGCCCUCGCGGAUAAGGUUUCCGUCCCACGGGCGGGACAGGGAGGGACACAGAAAGAUGCUGUUGUGUAGCUUGCUCUUGCCACCCGCGAGCAAGUAUUGGUGGAUGCCAAUUCCAUACUUUCGCACGAGCAAUCGCUAUGUAGAAAGAUAGAAUUCCCUCGCGUAGAUACGGACGGUGCUUAUUUUGCAGGACCUGUCUUGGGGGGCGGGUGAAGAGGGUGUUGUUUGGUAUGACAUCUGUGAGAAGAGAGAUAUGCAUAGGUGGGAGUCAACCAGCUGUUCCACGAGUGCCGUUUUUGUUGUGAUCAAGAGAAGGGUACAUUAAGGCAAUCUUGGUGUUUCCCCGAAUUUCUUGCUCGGAUAGUCUGGUCUACAUACAGCAGUGUCACAUAGCAUGACAUAUAUCAGCAGUGUAGAAAAAUAGAUGUGCUGACGUUCUGUCCGCCGACCGACGGAAGAGGAAAAAGAAACAGACUCCGCCGGUUGUCACAUGC